AUCGUUACAGCGCAAUAUACAGAAUGAGUAGAUCAGACAAGUAUGAAAACGUGCGACAUGUGUACAGAUUACUGAAAGAAAAAGGAGAUAUAGACAAGAUAAAAGUAAAUUAUUUUUGAUGAUUAGGACAAAAAUAUGAACAGUCUCAAAUCAGGUCGAAGCUGAUACUGGGGUUUGGAUCUUUGGAUAAUUCAAUAACAAAGUUUGACACUGAAACCACUGAUCGAAAUAUAAGGAUGGCAAAUUGCCUAGUUGCAGAUCAUCUGAAGACUCACGGGUAUGAUUACUCUCUGAGUGUUUUUCUGCCUGAAAUUGGGCUAACUAAUUUCGAGUUAGAAGAGUUCAUUAAAGAUAUUUCGCAUCUCAGGCCUUAUAGUUGUUUUGAAGGUCGUGAAAGACUGGUAUUACGGUAUAUAUUUCACCCAACUUGUUCUAUUUUAGACGAGUUUUUACAAAGAGUCCUAUUCAUUAUUAGUGUCGAUUCUGAAAGCCUAUGAAGAUAUCUCUAGCCUUUCAAAAGAACAUAAAGCUAUCCAGACAGUUGAAAUAGAUGGUUCUGACUUAGAUCACAGGUUAAACAAUAUUAAUAAAGAAUAUGAAGCAAUGAAGUCAUUAGAGAUUUUGCAUGCAAAACAGUCAUUUGAUGAUCGUUUGGAACAAUAUAAGAGUGAAAUAAAUGAGCGAAGUCAAAUAGAAAUAGAGAAACAGAUAUCAGAGUUUCGUCAAAAUGAAUUGAACUCGUUAAAAUCGGAAUUGGAAGAAGAAUUUCAAAAACGUCUACUUCAAAAUACACAGCGAUUGCAAGAAGAAUUUGAACUUCGCUGUCAGUCCCUCAAUGAACAAGAGGUGCUGCUUAGAGAGAAGUACAGUCUAUUUCAACAAAAAGAGGAGCGUGAAGCAUUUGUUAGACGUCAAGCCUUGCAAGCUGAAUUAGACGCUAUCCAGUUGGUGAAGACACAAUUAGAUCAAGAAAAAAUCCAAAUAGAUAAUGAUAAAUUACAGUUACAUAAAGAUUAUGAGAAAAAUGAAUUAGAAUUUAAAAAGCGUGAAAAUCUUUUAGAAAUAAGAGAAAAAACAUUAGAAAGUGAAAUUCAUGAACAUGUAAACCAAAUUCGUAUGGAAGAUGAAAUUAAACUAAUGAAACAACGUAAAGAAUUAGAAUUACAGUCUAUUCAACUCUCAGAAAAUCAGAAAAUGCUUGAAGAUAAAUUGAAAACAAUUGAACAACUUAAACAGGAAUUGUUAAAACAACAAAACAAAUUCACAGAAAUGGAGAUUGUAGGUUAUGAUACUAUUAAAUCACAGAAUGAAGUGUUCAAAGCUGAAAUCUCGAAUUUACAAAAACAAUUGAAAAACUCUUUAACUGAACUAGAAGAACAAAAACAAAUUACUGCGUCGGCAACAACAGAAUUAAGUGUACUCAAAGUUGUUAAACAAGAGACUGAAAAACUAAUGAACACGUUGAAUAAUGAUCAUACUGUAAUCAUUCAAGAAAAAUUUACAUUACAAAAGAAAUUAAAUGAACAAAAAAAUGAAAUAUACGAACUAAUGGAACGUCUUAGUUCAUAUGAAGGUGGAAAUAAACAGAAUCAUGCACAAACUACUGAAGUUUCCUCUGUGGAUCAUUGGUCUACAGUAAAUCAGAAUCUAAACAAUCCGCAAAUACUAACUGAAGCUGAACGUCGUUCAGUUUAUGAAGAAUGCAAUCUUUCUAUUUCGAGUGACCUAAGUCAUGAAAGUUUGAUUGAUACUAAGAAGUCUGGAAAGUCAUUCACUGUACCUAUUCAGUUGUCAACCGAUUCCAAAUUUGAUCAUUGGUCAAAGCGUUUAGAAUUAUCACGUCGGCGUAUGACACAAUUACAAUUAGUUAAUGAAGAGUUUGACUCAAUUUAUGAAGAAUGGAAAUCAGUUGAUUUAAAAGAAUUUUUAUCGAAAAUUCAUAGUGAUUUACCGAGUUUCCUAAAUGCUCAUGAAUUAAAUCAACCAGUUAAAUUGAAAGAAGACAACUUAUCCGACCAAAAUGUCAUGAUAAAUAAAGAUACUAAAUCCGAUCCUGUGAAGGAACAACCUGUUAACUGUAACACAUUUUUCUCCCUGAAACUUGACAAUGACCACAAUUAUAAUCCAGUUUCUACAUCCCCAAUCCAUCAUAAUCCUCUUGAUCAACAAAUUGAAAUGAAUCCAUGUCAUGAGAAUGAAUAUCUAGCCUCAUAUACUAAAGCUAACUCAGAAUCAAAGAAUGUGAAGAUAGGAUUUGAACAGAAUAAUCAAAAUGCACAAAUUCAUUCCAGUGCAAGAAUUAUACCUGAUUUUUCAGCCAGUUCAUCCAGCAUAGACACACCAAAAUCAAAGAAAUUAGAGUUAAAAAAAUCCUCCAAUGAAACAUUAAGUAUAAGUUCUCAUAAGCCUAUAAAAUCAUCUUCAACUGUUACUCAUCAUAGUUUUAAGAAGUCAUCAAUUGAUCACCUUUCAAGUUAUAGAUCAAAAAGUGUACUCUCUACAGAAUCAAUAUCUCAAGCAGAAUCCGCUGAGUCCAAAACUUCAAGAAAUUCUCAAACUAAUUCAUUAGCCAACGAAAUGUCGAACCAUACUAUUUCAUGUAAAUUUAACAUGAAUGAUAAUGAAAAUAAAUCUGUGUGUAGUGAACAAGAUAAUAAUGAAAACGAAGAACAAAGAGAAUUCCUUAAUUCAAAUCAGGCUAAUCUCAAUGAUGAAAUUGCAAAUAAUAAUCAUAAUAAUGAUACUAUUGAAAAUGGGUUUCCGUUACUUCUGGAAACCUCACGUUAUGAAGGUUCACUGAAACAGUGUUCACUGGGUAAUGAUGAUCAGAACAAACCUAUAUCCAAUGAGAAUACCACACCAACACCACGCCAUACAAUAACAAAACAAACUGAUUGUAAUGGUUUAAUGGAAAAAUAUUUAAAGCUUAGUUUAAAUACUAGUUCUAAAUCACCGGUGUCUAAUACAUGUAAUCAAGCAGUGAACGGAACUAAGAUAACAAACGGAUAUCAUUCACCUAGUUCAAAAGAAAAACCCUUAUGGUUCGAGAAUGGACAUCAUUUUAGUUCUAGUGAAUCAGAGAUUAUCAGUUUGAAUAAUGGUAAAACUAAGUGUCAUUUUACACCAGGAAAUUUCAACAAAGAUGAAUUAAUUCCAAAUGACGUUGAUAUCGACAGUGGUUCAGAUUACAUUUGGUAGGAACGCCUUUGAUUUUGUUUUCCAUUCUAUUAAUAAUUUUAUUCAAAUGAUUGAAUUUUACUUUAUCCUAUGUAUGCAUCAUUCUCUUUAAAGACUAUAUCCUUGUUAUUAUUUUAUCUUAUAAAAUGUGCCGGUUAUUUUAGUUUAUUGAGAUAUUUUUAAUUUGUGAGAAAUAAAUUCAAACAAAAAUCUUUUGUAAAUUAUCAUUUUGUAAUGAAGCCUAAUUAUAAAGUUAUACAAUAACAGAACGGAAUUUUAAAGUUGAAUACUUAGUUCUUAUCAGUUUAUGUUAUUUUAUGUAGUAAAUAAUAAUCAUUUUGAAAAUACAAAAUUUCAGAUG